GCUUUCUGCUCCGCUGUCCCUUCCUGCGGGGCCUGGCCUACAUUUCCCAGGAUGCUCAUUUUCUGGAGCUCCAGCAGGAUUGGGCAGACCGACGCGGAAGUAAUUACGGGUCGCUGAGCAACGGGCGGAGUCCUGGAACAUGCCUGGAGGCUCACGCCCCUUCCCCGAGGCCGGGAGGUGGACGAAGCUCAGCUCCAUCUCCAGAGUAACGGGCGUCCACCGGCUUUUACUUCCAGCCGAGAGGCAGUGCGAUCUCUCCGGUGCUUUCGCCGGCGUUCUUCCCAGGCCCCGCCCCUUUUACGCCUGCAGCUGCGAAACGCGGGAGACUGAAUUCUAGCUACCGAGGCGUCUGAGCGGCUCGCGGCGGCGCAGUGCGCAGGCGCGAGCGUUUGGGUCUGGCCGCGCGCGGCGCUCGGUUGAAGCGGGAGUGAGUUCCUGGGCGCAGAGACCCGGCAGCGGGCGACCGAGAGAGUGGGUGACUGAGCGCCUCCCCUGCCGUCAUGGCAGCCCUGCGCUACGCUGGCCUGGACGACACGGACAGCGAGGACGAGCUGCCCCCGGGCUGGGAGCAGAGAACCACCAAGGACGGCUGGGUUUACUAUGCCAAUCAUGCUGAGGAGAAGACCCAGUGGGAACAUCCGAAAACUGGCAAAAGAAAACGAAUAGCAGGAGAUUUGCCGUAUGGAUGGGAACAAGAAACCGAUGAGAACGGACAAGUUUUUUUUGUCGACCAUAUAAAUAAAAGAACCACCUAUUUGGACCCGAGACUGGCAUUUACGGUGGAUGAUAACCCUACGAAGCCGACCAGCAGGCAGAGAUACGACGGUAGCACCACCGCCAUGGAGAUCCUCCAGGGCCGAGACUUCACCGGCAAAGUGGUCGUGGUCACUGGAGCUAAUUCAGGAAUAGGGUUCGAAACUGCCAAGUCUUUUGCCCUCCAUGGUGCACACGUGAUCCUCGCCUGUAGGAAUAUGACAAGGGCCAAUGAAGCUGUGUCACAGAUUUUAGGAGAGUGGCACAAAGCCAAGGUAGAAGCAAUGACCCUGGACCUCGCUCUGCUCCGUAGCGUGCAGCAUUUUGCUCAAGCGUUCAAGGCCAAGAAUCUAUCUCUUCACGUGCUUGUGUGCAAUGCAGCGGCUUUUGCUCUACCAUGGAGCCUCACCAAAGAUGGCCUGGAGACCACCUUCCAGGUGAAUCACCUGGGGCACUUCUACCUUGUCCAGCUCCUUCAGGAUGUCCUGUGCCGCUCAGCUCCUGCCCGAGUAGUUGUGGUCUCUUCUGAGUCCCACAGAUUCACAGAUAUUAAUGAUUCCUCGGGAAAACUGGACUUCAGCCGCCUUUCUCCACCAAAAAAUGACUAUUGGGCCAUGCUGGCUUACAACCGGUCCAAGCUGUGCAACAUUCUCUUCUCCAACGAGCUCCACCGCCGCCUGUCCCCGCGUGGGGUCACGUCCAAUGCCGUGCAUCCUGGAAACAUGAUGUACUCCUCCAUUCAUCGCAACUGGUGGGUGUACACACUGCUGUUUACCUUGGCCCGGCCUUUCACCAAGUCCAUGGCUCUCCGCAUUAAAGAAGAUUACAAUAGAGGCAUCCAGUUGAUUGGGGAAUAGUUGCUGCAAAUGAUAAGCUCUUUUGAAUAAACCGAUACUGACUUAAUGAGGUUUUGCUGUGUGUUAUUUUUUUUCUGAUAGAAAAUCGAGUGACUGCUUUCCUCCCCCACCAUACUCAGUCCUCUUGCUUACUAGUAAUGACCCCCUUUUUUCUCGCUCCUUGGGAACUUUUAAAAAUUUAAAUUAAUGGAUUUUUCAGCCUCCAGUUUCUGAAAUUCUAAGAAGAUCUGAAAGGUAAGCGCCCAAUUACCAAGGCGUGCGAACAAAAAUAGGCAGCUUAGCUAGGGAAGUAAAAAUAGAGAGGAGUCUCCCCACCUUCCCUGGAGCUGUGCGUUUGUUUCUGGAAGAGGAUCAAGAAGUAUUCAACCUCCAGUUAAUUUGGCAGGUCCUUUCAGAUAACUUCUUCACUGGGCCAGCAUGAGCUUGAUCACUUAAAGAAUUCAUAAGACCAUUCUCAGGACCUGUGCAUCGGAGAGAGCUCCUUAUCUCACUAAAGAGGCUGGUGUGGUUUGGACUCAUUCCCCUGUCUGCCCAGUUCCAGACAGGGGCACGUGCCCAUGUGAGAGAAGCUGAUGGUCAGGCUGCCGGCACCUGUCCAUCUAGAGCACCUCAAGGAACCUGCAGUGAUAAAAAACAAAUAAGAUGCAUUGAACACUCCCCCACCUCUGACAUUUUCUCUGUCUGCUCGCAGUAAUCCCGUGAUAAGUAUUCCUGCCCCCGUGUGAUGGACGAGGUUUGUAACAGUUUAAGCAAAUGGUCCACGGCCAUGUUACUUAUCAGCAGCCCACCUGGCCUUUGAAAUCAGAUUUUUCUGGAACUUUCUACCAUGUUGCACUUCCUCAGUCCUGGGUGUCAUUCUCAGAAUAAAGAAAAAAAGGAGAGGGGUGAUAGAGUUUGUUCUUCUGGGAGCCCGUUGGUAAAUGGCACAGUACUAAAUACAUAGUAGGUGCUCCGUCUCUUCUGUUUGAAAGAAAUUUGAGCACCUUGGAUGUGGGGGUGGUGGGAGAUGUGAUAAUGGAUCCAUGGGGAGGGCACCUGUGACCUGAAUAAUGUUCUCCUGGCCCAGGGCCUACUGCACGUGCGGGCCCGUCUCCCAUCGUGUAGGAGUUUCCUGGGGACCUUGUGGUUGGCGUCAUCAUCUGUGCACUGCUCACUAGGUGGAAGACUGAUUUUUCCUUUCUCGAGAGGAGGAAAGGUGUCCAUGCCCGGUUCCAUCAGUGGACAGGGAGGCCCUUUCAACCUGGUGCCCUGUCUCUGCGCUGUUGGAUUUCCCCUCUGGGAUGCGUGCAUGCAUCAAGAAGCCGCUUCUCUCUUGCAUCUCCGUAUCUCCUUGCCCCCGUGAAGUGUAGCUCCUAGAAUAGCAGUCUCGUACCAGGCAUGACCCACAGCACUUGGCAAACAUUAUUUCACGGGACAAUUAAACAAGACUAAACAAAACAGAGAAUACUAUGACUGUACCCAUCUCAUUUUACAGAGAAGCCAGCCAAGGUUUGGAGGGGUGACUUGUCUCAGUGUCCUACGUCGCCCAGGCAGAGUCAGGAUCUGAACCCCAGGAGUGGACUCAGAGUCUGCCAUUCCAUUUUUAAACCUCUCUCCUCAGUUGGCUGGCUCUUCUCACUCCUGGUGCCUCCCCCUCCUCCCUGGUUCAGCUUUCCUUCCCCUGCCCAGCUCUUUUUCCACCACCUUUUUUUUUUUUCUUUUUUUCUUUUUUUUCCCCUGUGCAAACAGCAUUGGAAAGGCCUGACCUGCCAGCCUUGGGUUCUGAUAAGAUCUGGCCGUGCUCCCUUUGUCUGGCCUGUACCUGCCUUUUCUGAAUGGCCUUGUUAAUUGCAAUUGACUCUCAUAGACUGUGGAUGGCAGUGCUACUUGACACCAGACUGAUGUUUCGGGCUUCUCCUCAGUGCCUCCAGCAGCAGGCUGGAGGGGACAGAACGGGGUCAGAGGCAGGAGAGAGCACUUCUGAUUUCAAAAAAAUACAUUAGAGCCUUAGAGCUUUACGGUUCUGCUUGUCAAGUGGCCUUCUCUCCCUCCUUCUUUCUCUUUCUCCUUUGGGAGGGAGAGUUGUCUUUUCUAGGAAUUCAUCCUAAAAUGAGAAAUGUUUAGGAGAUUUCACAGUUAUAGCUCCUGUGAAGAUUCAGGUUUGUUUGUUUGUUUUUUCCCCCCAUUUCCAAACUUUAGUCUUAGGCAUGUAAAACAAAACAAAACAACGAAACAAAAAACCUUGAAGAAUAAAACUUGAACAGUAUGAGUCUAAAGCAAGAGAAUUAAGAUGUCUGGGGAGCUGGUAGUGGGAGCCUGAUGUCCUGCAGGCCUACUAAGUGUCAGACCUGCUUUCCUUUUUAUAAUCUCCCAACAGGCAAUGAGAGAGGUAUAAAGGUAUAUGGAGACCACUUUAGAGAUAGGAAAACUGAAGUGGAAAGAUGGGCUUGCUGUCCAGUGCUCAGUCACCAUUGUUCUAUUUUGGGCAAUAACAUAAAGGAGAAAAAGAACUAUAAGCCUGUGUAGUUUGGUUUCCUUGGGUGCUGAAGACACCCAAGAUACUUCUGUACGUGAUCAGGUGUCCUAGGUCAUGUAACUGGUUCCUUUCUGACUUGGGAAUAACCCAGGGUUGGUCCAAGAGGACUCUGCAGGAAAGGUGGGACUGGGGAGAGGCCCCCAGACUCAGGAUGCACCUGCUUGAUUUCUCUGCAACUGGCCUGCGUGAGGACCAGACCUGCUAAAAAGGGAGAGCAAGGAUCUGAUGUCAACCCUGGAGAGACAAGGAGGACAGCCUUUGGGUGCCACUUUUGUUUCCAUUUUAGAUCUGACAUUGUGCUGGAGCAGUUUCAGGGCCUGCGACCACCCACACAGGAGAGUCACAGGGCAAAGCCUGCAAGCAAAGCUGUGUCAUUUUUAUUUCAAUGAGGUGUUCAAAAUAAAUAAAUAAGUAAAUAAGGUUAAAAAAAUAGCUCUUGAUUCUAAGAAGGCAGGUAGAGUCUCUGAUGUCACACAUUAAUGCAAGCUUUAUUCGCAAAUGGGUGAUUGAACACCAUUUAGGAGGAAUUCAUGAAAAAGUCCAGCUUUCUGAGGUCUCUGGAAAUAGCAGAGUGCCCACAAGGCUAGCUGCUCUGGGCUGGAAUCCCAGCCUGCAGACUGUCCACAGGGGCCCUUGACUGUUACGUGCAUGGAGUGGAAGGAAUGGAAGCCUUCAAGGCAGAAAGAACCACCAUCUGUGGGCCUUCCCUGAGCUGAACACUAGUUUUCUCAUCUGUGAAAUGGAAUGGCAGAAAGCCGCCCAUGGACUUGCUCCAGCGCUGACCUUUGCUAGGGGACGCAAAGUCCUUUCCUAGGUGCUUGAAAAAUUACGAUAGCUACUAUUUGAUGUGUUGAACUAUCCUACCCAGCUCCUUCAGGGUUGGAAGUGUGAAAGACAUGAAGCCAGGAGAGGUGUGGGACAAGGAUGAAGGAAGGCAGGCUGUAUUUUGUAAACAGGUGCCUUCUCCAGAAAUCAUUCUUUUCCUUGGAUUUUGAAAUGACCCCUCUGAAAACAAAAUUUUCCAUACCUGCGUUUAUUUUUUUCCCGUCUAGGGUCUCGGGUUCCCCCAGGAAAUUUUCCUAAAGGAAAAGGCAAAGGAGCCCCCAACCCAGGACAGACUCGAAUGCAAAUAGGACAAUACAACCCCCUCCAGGGCUGAAAAGGCUCCUUUUUAAUUAGGUGCCUGGAAGGACAUACCCCGUAAUUGUGGCACUUGUCGCAUCCGGGCUAUCAAUAUUGGUGCCUCUUUCAUUAAUAAACUGGCAAGUCAGAACGCUGCAGGAAUGGGAACCCUUCCCCCUCCCCUCUCCCAGCCCAAGCUCCACUUAAUCAACAGCAGACUGGAUCAAACAGGAAAGGAACAUGUAAAUCAGCCGCAUUAAUUCGGUGGGCCCUAAAUAGGUAGAAGGAAGGGAAACAUGAAAGGGAGCCAUCAUCCAUUUCCCUGCAGAUGCCCAGGCUCUCCGCGAACCUAAGCAAGAGGUAGUUAAACGGCCCCGCAGAUUGCCAGCGACUCGGGGAAAGCCUGGGUUUAUGUAUGGAUUAGCACAGUGAUAGACCCUGAGUAGCAAAAGACGAAGACUAAUUACCUGACAGAGCUCCCCUCCACUCGCCUGGGUCAUUGAAAUUAAUUUCUGCUUUCAGGCUUGGCAGCAAGCAGCUGCAGAAUUUCAGUUCAAUGCUCAAAUUAACGGGGAGCUGAAAUUAUUUCUCUGCACAGGCGGCAUUAGAGGAGUGGGUUACCAAAUAGAUCUUGAUGGCAGACACCAAAGAAAGGAUUAUUCCUCCCUUUUCAUCAAGAGCUCAGGUCCUUGGAAAGUGCAGGGUUGGGGGGCGGGUGAGGAAAAACAACAAGCGAUUUAUUGGAGAGUUAACACUUAAGUACUGUAUUAAAUUAGGUGUGGCAUACCUGUGUAGGAGACCUCCUGUCCCCCCAAAUAAUGUGCAAUUCCCUCCAUUUAACAAAAACUCAAACUUGAGGCCCUUUGGUGUAUACCCCCAUCAGAAUUCCUAAUCAAGGGAUAUUUGCAAAGGACUCUUCUCCCCUAUUGUCAGAAAGGCAUUUGCCCUUAUUUUGAGGAUAAGGAGAGGAGUAGGGAGGGGGCAGUGGGUCAGAGGUAUGAGCAAAGAGAAGAUGGGGAGAGGUCAGAGGUGGGGUUUGAACCCAAGGCUCGGGUUUCCAACCUCAUCUUUCUGUCACUUCACAUUACCUUUUUUGCUCACAGUCCCACUACAUUGCUCCUUGCCCUCUGGGCUUCCUGCUUUCAUUUUAGCCUCAGUGGCAUCUGUCAACUUUGUCGAGUGCCACCUGUGUGCACCAGGUCAAAUUUAGUGCUGCUCGGGCCAACAGUUCUCACCUCACUUGUUUCUAGAAUGUUCCUGCUAUCGGGACCCACCUGAUGGAGAAGCUGUGUGUGGCAAACAAGCCUCAUGUUUUCGCCAUGGGCUUCUGCCAGCUAAGACAGCUGCUGUGGGUCCGUGGAGAGUUCCCACUUGGACCACUAUUACUUUUGCUCCUGCUGGGACUGAUUCCACAUCUAGGUGCAUUGGUAAGCAACCCUGGGCGUGAAGCAUAGUCAUCACAGAUGCCGGGAAAGCACGUUUCCUGAUUCUGCCCAGCCCUUGAUGUUUGGGACAUAGUUGAAUAGUUAACCAAAUCCUGGAAUCCUGUUGUCUGGGGGUACAUAAUGUCUUUCAUUGUAUGAGGUGUAAAACCAUGGGAUUACCACUUAUGUCAGCAAUACUAGUACUAGUACCUACCCCACAGGGAUUCUGCAAGGAUAAAUAUAGGGAAUAGAGGCAAAAUGUUUAAAACUGUGCCUGAUCCAUAGUAGGCUCUUGGUGACUAAUUAGUGCUGCUACCAUCCCUGCCCCUUGUGACCCAAACUAGAUAUCACAAGAUAAGGGCCUCUGCUUUGUUCACUGGAAAAGGCAGAAAAGCUACUUUGCAGCUAUCCAGACCCAAGAAAAACCAGCAGCAGUGGAGUUUGUAAUAUUCAGAGCUACUUCUAGCCCUUUGGAUGCCCAAGAACACACAAGAAAACAUGUAUUCUUAGAAAAGGAAAUAGCAGUAGUUACCGUUUAUCAAAUACUUACAUGUGCCAAGCAUACUCCAAUUUAUCUUUAAAAAGAAAAAAAGAAAGAAAGAAAGAAAAGAAAGGAAUCAGCCUUAACAAAACUGUGUACAUGGGAGAGGCCAGGCUGCGGGAGCAUCUGUGAGCCCGCAGCCAGUUCAGGGGCAGUGCAGGGACUCGAACCCAGGUCUCUGCACCUCCAAGCCCACAAGGUGGCGUGUGCCCAUUUGUGCUCUGCCAAGUCACCCAAGAGCAGCAAUUAGGCCCCUUCUCACAUGUCCAGCUUUAAACCUGUGACCUCGAGGCGAAUGACUUCCACAUCUCAUUACCACUCCCCUGAGCCACCCGGCCUCUGGUGGGACAGGGAGGUUAAUCAGCCACACGCUGAAUCUGCUUAUAAGGCUGUUUCAUGUAUAGUUUUUAUAUCUUGGCUCCUAAUAAUGGUCCCAUUAUAAAUGAUUGUCUCACUAUGAUAUACUGGUUUCUCGCCUUCUAGGAACUGAUUUAAAAGGGAGCCCCAGACUUCCUGUGCCCGCAGAGUUUAUUCAUAUUGCUUUUUUGCUCGCUCAGCAGCUCAAAUGGUAUGGGGGACAGCCCCCCUCCAAAAAAAAUAUUUUCUUCCCAGCAUGAGGCAGUUGCCAUUAUUAGUGACCUCUAGCUCACUUGAUAUCUUGAUAAUAGUUUAUGAACAAAUCACUAGUCCUUCCUCUCCCAUGUACCCCCACUCCCUGAGCUUCUGAUCAGACAGGUAGCGACAGUGGCCAAAUGCUGGCGCUGGGGUCUGUUGCCUUCCUCUUCCAACUCAUCAAAACAUUUUAAUUAUUUCUAGGGUGACUUGGGAGAACAGGUCAUAGGGGGAUAUAUAGCAUCAGGGGGUAUAUUUUCAAACCAAAAACCCCAGGCAUAUUUAUCCAACAAAUAUUUAUUUAGUGCCUGUUAUGGGUUGGGCACAUGAAUAUACUGCUGGGUGCAGCAGGACAGAAUAUAUGAGAAUAAGACACAUUCAGAAGAUCUGGAAUGCAUGUUAGGAAUCUAAACAGGCAUAUAAAUUGGAAUUACGAAGGAAAAUUGCACUUUGUGGAAUUCUUUGUGCUAGUUAUUAUUAAUAUAUGGAUGAGCUUCGGUCCUAGCCCUCAACAAGUUUAAAAUCAAGGAAAUCAUUAAAGAGUGCUUUGUUUCCCCCCCCCAAAGUUGGGUUGCACUGAAUAUUUAAAGUGCUUUAAAUUCUUCUCUGAACCUUAAGGCUAAGCAAUAUACUUUCCAGCCGUGACGAUCUUCGUGCUAUUCUCAGAACAUGCCAGCCUCCUCUUUCCGAUCCAAAGGUUUUCCAUGUGGUCUUCUCGCCACGUUGGUAUGGCUCUGUCCUCCUCGUCCAUUGGUACUCAGCAUUAACACCCCUCAGAGAGGCCAGUGCUGACCAUCUGUAGGAGUUCCUUGUUGUUCCUGUCACCAAUGACCACGAACUCGCUGGCUUAAACCCUUACCGUUCUGGGCAUUACAAGUCCAAAACGGGUCUCGCUGCAGUAAGCACUGUUUCCCAAAGGAAUCGGGGCUCUGGGGAAGGGUCAGUGAAUGCUGAUGGUCAGGCACACAUACAGGAUGUGGCAUAGCUGCCCUUCAAAGUCUUGCUUACUUCUCCUCCCACCUUGGAGACUGCUUGGUUACCCUAAUUUCUUCUGUCUUUCUACACAUUGACAUCAUUAUACAAAUUAACACAUGGUGAUAUGAUAAUGCUUCCUUUUCGGUAUGCAAUGAGAUUGUUUACAAAGCACCUCUGGGUGUAUAGGGAAGAGAAUGGAGCCCAGCUUGCUUUGUGCCAGGCGCUGUGCUAGACCCAGUCUCCAUUUUAUCUAACCUUCCUUGCCACCAUCCUAGGAAGGAGGACAUAUUCCUCCCCAUUCCAUUUUUAAGUGCUUACUGAGCACCAGCCCUUAGAAUGUCACCUCCCUACUCCUCGAAACAACCCAGAAGAUGACUCAGUGUCUCCCACUGGUAGUGGCAGACCAGGCUCGAACCAUAGACCCAAAGCAGAAGUUUCUAAAACAAGCCAAAAAUGUGUUGGCUAAGGCUAGUGACAUCACACCUAGUAUUUCUGCCUUUGGGGAUUGCUGCCCUUUUUCUCUCUAAUUCUAAGGAGCUAGACGUUUUCAUUGCUAUUCUUCUAAAAAGCAACAUUAGUAAUCAUUUUGAAGAUUAUUUAUUAUUAUUAUUAUUACCAUUUUUUAUAAACUGCGAGCUUUUCUUUUUCAUUUACUUUAGCUUAGUCCUUUCCAUUGUUCAUUCGGCUUCUUGAACCCUCCUAUCUGUACACCAUACCUAUUCUUAUUCACCCAGAACAGGUGUGUGGCACCUUGGAGAAAAUGAAGCCAGGGAGAAAAUCAGUCAGACAGGAAUUACGUUGAAAGAUGACUGAAUAAAUCACCACCUCCCAGGAGUUAUAUGAAAAACGGUUAUUUCUUUAGAACGUCAAAGUACCUUUUUCCUCUCUAAUUCAUGUGUAUCCCUAUACAAAGGCCCACAAUGACAGGGGAUUGGUGUCCAGGCUGUGCGGCCCCCUCUGAGUGUGUGGUGCUCUUGUCAUCAGGAAGCACUGAUGGGGGAUUGUUCCCUUCAUCUACAGCCAGCCGCUCUCCUGCAGUCACUGCACUGGGGAAGAGUUGUCGUCACAGUCGUUUUUGUGGACAGCUGGGGGUGAGCAGUCAUUCGUCAUAGAUCUUGGGUCUUGCUAAUGAGAGCCUGGCUGUACAAACAGACAAUGGCCAGACCAUGCCUGAUCCUGGAACUCUGACCCUCAAUCUCUGCAGCCGCCACCAGGCCAGGAAGCCAAACCACACCUCCGCGGUGAUCAACCCACAGCAGACGGGACUUGCUCAAUAACACCAGCUUCUCUAAUACGUGUCUCCACUUCCAACUCAGGAACAACCGGAGAAAGCCAAAUAUGCUCCUGAAACCAGUCACCUAGGAUGCUGGCUUCUGGAUAGCCUGCCUCCAGCUUCCCUAUGCCAAUAGCCCUAAUCAGGGCAUGCCUGAAACCUUCUCUUUUUCCCUAGAAAGCUUUCCCUCACCCCUGCCUGCCUUUGAGUCCCUGCCAAGCACAAGUGAUGGUGGCCGACUCCCCUGGUACAGCCAACUCUGAGUGCAUGGCCUCCGUCUCUUCUCAUCUGGUGCCCAUUGUUUAUUUCUACUCGAACUUUGCACUAGGUUUAGCAGUUUCCACAAGGCCCUUCCCCUUGUACCAACACACACUGUGACCUUGAUCUUUCCCACUUCUGUUUCUCUUCCUCUCCCGUUUGUCCUGCUCUUAGGGAUCUGCCUACUUUUGGCCUUGAUUGUUUUAAUUGGUUACUGUUGUUUCAUGAUUAUUUUGUGUGUUGAAUGUCUACGAUGUGCAAGGUGGGUUUACUCAUCCAUCUCAUUUAAUCCUUAGGGGAACCUCAUAAACGUGCUCUCAGCCCAUGUCCCAGAUCUGGGUAGUGGACAGUCAGAGCAAUUAAGUGACUAUGGUUUCCCAAGGUGAUAAGCUACAGCAGCAGUGAAGCAUCCAAACUCCUGUCUGCGUGACUCUGAGGCCCUGGCACCGUUUUGAUCUACCUCUCCUGCCUCACUGUAAUUCCCUGGAGGGCAGGUCCUGGGUAAUUUACCUGCAUCCCUCCCAGCAGCUAGAGGCUGGAGCGGACUGGCUUAAAUGUCUGAGGAGGGAGGAAAGAGCCAUGAGGAAGAAGAAAUACAGGAAGGCUGAGCCCAGAUUAAGAAGAGAAAAAGAGCUUGGCUAAGUUGCAUAAAAACCAUCUCAUUUCUCCUUUUAAUAGAUUAGUACAUAUAAUGGCCAUAACAUAUCUCUAAUUUCUUCAAGCCGUAGUUUGAAAAUGAAAAGGUGUGUGUAUCUGCUUAGCACUCUUUUUGUCAUUCAGAAGAGCUUACUCCUGUUUGUAAAUACACAGAAAAUUUUCCCCCCUUAAAUUCCAUAAGCUGGAGAGACCACCUACGUUCCAAGUGAAUGUAGAUCCAGUUUUAUCUCCCGUGUGCCCUGCUGACCGGUUCUGUCCACCACGAUGGCAGCCUAUCCAUGAGAUAUUUAAUAUUUGCCAGUGACUCAGCCCAAAUCUGAGGUCUCGGAGGUAUGAAUCCAGGAUAGCCACAUUCAAAUGCAUUUUUCAUGUAUAGGUUGUUCACUCUAGUCUUAGAGAUUGUGCAAUUAGCAUAUGUUGUCAUAGUGAUGUAUUUAUUAUAAUGGAGGUGUUCUCAGGAAACCAGAUUUAAUAGUUUUAAAUCAGAAGCUAACAUGGACUUUUAGGAAUUCCAUUCACAGUAAAUUUUAUGCCUGGUGAAAGGUUAUGGAAUGGGUUUCUAUGCCACAUCUCCCCCGUCCCACAAAUCUCAACUGGUCUACAAAGGUUCCACUGUGGGCUUUUGCAAGCUAGCUGCCCAACGCAGGCAGAAAAUUUCAGAGUUUAUGCGCCUACACAGCACACCUACCAAUGAAAAAAGAGUGAGAAGAAAGUGACUUGGCUGUCAGCUAUAUAGCCUAAACCCUUCUCACAAUGUGAGUCUCCUUAAUGGAUUUUCUCAUAAGCUUGGGACUGACAGGAAUUUGGCUUUUCUUUUGUUCAGCUGAUAGCCCUUUGGCUGUUGAAGCCAUUACACAUCUGUUCAGCUGGUGUACUCAUGAAGAAGUUGGGCCCUGCACCCAAGGUCCAGGUACCUGGCAUCCCUUGGUUGGUUGGUAUCAGGAGCCCACAAAGGUUUCUUAUAUUGUAAGCACCAAAGUAGCACCAUCGUACUAUCCUCAAACUGCCCUAUUUCAUGACUGUGUAUCCGCCACCUGCCGAAACAGGAAAGGCAGAUGAGAAAGAGAGCCCCAAGGUGCUGGAAGCUGUGGUUUCUUUGUGUCUGUGGAAAAGAUACAAGGAUUGGAUUAGACUCUUAAAUAUCUGUGGAUGUCAGGUUGAAUACAAGCAGCUAUUCAGCGUCUUACUCUGGCAGAAGAACAAGUCCCCUAGAGGCAGGAAGCCACGCAGGUCCCUGGAAGUGGGAGCAGAUUGUUAAAAUGGUAUCAGAGAUGGGCUGGGGUGAUGCCAGAUCUAUCCUUGAUGCUCACCCAGGGUUAGGGCUAAACUCUUUCCUUUACCUGUUACCUGCUUAGUGGUUGCUUCUAUUCCUGUGGAAGCUCAGUUGCAUGUACCUCCAGAGACCCAGCUCCCCUUUCCGGGCCAUGUCCUCUGCUUGCCCUUCUGCUGCCAGUGCAGGUGCUAAGCAUCAGUGCUUCACUGCGGAGUGUAGUUGCAGUGCCCUAAACCAUGAAGGAGAACCGCUUCAGUAUCGGAGAGCACAUGCUUUGGAAUCAGACAUAGCUGAGUAUGAAUCUCGGUUCUACCAAAGUGGUUGGUUGGACUCUUGAUGAGCUUUACUCUUCCUGAGCCUUAGUUGUAUCAUCUCUCGGAUGGGGAGUAUUGUUUGCUGUUUCCUGAUGGAGUCAGAUGUACUGUAGGUGAAAUGGCUGGUGGAGUGCCAGGCACAGAGAUGGUCACUGUUAUUGAUUGUGUUAUUACAAUGGUUGUUUUGCACCAAGAUCAGGUAUACAGUGAAUGUAUUAUUGGCACUCCUGAGACUGUUUUAAAGGAAGUAUCUCUAAGGCCUGACAACAAGCCAGAUGUCCAGAAGGGAGCUGGAGAGCAAGGCUCUGGGUUACUUAAAACAGGUUUGGAAGCUCUGUCCCAUGAAUGCCAAAUACAAUCUUGGACUCUAGAAAGGGCUGUGAAGAAAGCCAUAAUAAAUCACACAGAUCCCUCAGCAACUCACUCUGCUCCCUGGUGAUCCAGGCACAGCCAUUUCUCAACCUGUUUGGGGUUUUCCUGUGUGUUACCUGGACAGCUGCUACCACGGAAGCUCCCAGCCAAGAGUACCCCAUGCUCCAGGACUCGGGAUUUAUCACACUCAAGAACUGGGUGCUGGGGGGACAGAUGCCAAAUUUCUUUUCAGAUUCUGAUUUCUCUGUAAUAAAAAAGCAGAUACGUCUUUCAUAUAUGUAUAUAUAUUUUUAUUAGACUGUGAGUUUCUUAACCUUUCUUAACAAAUGACCCAAGUAAGUUAUUUGACUGGACCCAGGCAUGGAACCUGAAUUGGAUUCCCCCAACCCCAUCGAGAGUCACUUGUUACUCUGAAAACUCAACUUUUAUAUUUUUAAUAUGGUAGUAGAUAGUAUGCAUAGUGGAAGAAGGCAAAGGCAGAAAAAAAUUAAAAUGUUCUGUUAAUUCCACUGCCCUGAGAUAAUGGCUCCUAAUAUUUUUUUGUGUGUUCUUUUCUUUCUUCUGAGUGAUAACAUUUAUUUUUAAAUAAGUUGAGCUCAUAAUCUAUCAAUUGAUCGAUCGAUCAAUAUAGUCUAUUUUUAAAAUAAGAAUUUCUCAUGUCACUAAACAUUGCUCGGAAAAAAAUACUUUAAUGAUUUCAUAAGAUUGCACCACAUGAAUGGCUUGUACUUAACCACUUCUCUGUUGUUGGUUGCUUAAGUUAGGGUAUUUUAUAGUUUGAGCGCUGUUUUUUUUUUUUUUUUAAUAAGAACUCAGGCCUAUUUUAUCAUUUAUUUUGCCUCAUAUAUUUUGCACAGUAAGUGCACCAGUUAUGGGGUGGCUCCCCAACGUCCUUUUACCCCCUGUGGUUAAGGCCAUCCUGCUUACCAAUGUGCCUUGCCAGUGAUAGGUUUAGAAAUAGACAAGUGACCCAAUCCUGAAAUGAAAAUGGAGAGCGCCCUGGGACUGGUUUCCGGACUCUCAGAGGUUAUGGUACAUGAGGAAGAUGUAGACUUUUUGCUUCCUCUGGACGUGCUCGGGCAUUCUUUACACGAGUGGCCUUCCAGCCUGAAAUGAGGCUGACCCUGAAGGGGACAGAGGAGAAAACCUGUGUCAUUUAUGGAGCUCCUGAUUCCACUGUGCCUGUGGCCUGUCUACCUCCAGACCUCCAGUGGUCAUACAAUAGCCAUUUUGAGUCAGGUUUGAAUCAUGUAUCUCUUACUGGCAGGUGCACACAUCCAUACUCGUUCUAGAGAUUUGUGCAAAUGUAAAACCUUCAUGCCACGGAGACUCUUACAGAUGGAGAAGCAGAAAUUCAGAGAUGAUUUGCUCAAGGUCCCCCAAACUACUGCAUCAACUUCUUUUUAAGUAAACUUCUUUGUUACUUAGAGCAAACUGCCUUUCCUCAUCCUCACAUAGAGACACUCUCAAAGGGCCGAGAGGUGACAUGGGAUGAGUCCAGAAUUAUGACUCAGAAAGUGUGAAUUCAAACUGGCUUCAGCCCUUCACCUGGGUGUGUGAUCUGUGAUCUCAACCCCUCUGGUUUUCAGGAUCCCUACUGGUAAACAAAGUGAAUAUACUGACUGAGAAUUAUGGGAUGUAAAGCAGUCCUGUUCUUAUCAUUGCCAUCUUUGUUAGUCCACACCAAUGAUGUCUGUCAAGCACCUAUUCCAGACUCUAUUUCAAAUGUCAGCAAUAUAGCAGUAAAUAAAUAGAUACCUCUCCCCUCAUGGAUUUUAUAUUCUAAUGAAGGUGACAGAAAACAAGCAGGUAAAACAAUAAACUGAGCACUUUGGGAAAAGAGAUCUUUUAAGAUUUCUGAUUUCUCCAUGAUCUGAAUUGUAUUUUUAGUUGUGCAAUUAUU